AUGACGGAUACAGUUGUCGCGGAGGGACAAGUCAAGUUUAGAGAUGGGAAAAAGUGGAAGACUCGCUGGGUCGUGCUUCGGAAGCCCUCUCCGGUCGCAGACUGUCUGUCGCUGCUCGUGUAUAAGGAGAAGAAGAAGCGGAAGGGCAGUGGCCACAAGGAGAGGCUCAAUGUAACGCUGGAGGGGAUCUGCGCUGUAGAGCCGGGACCCGGCUAUGACGGCGUGACCUACACUCUCACCAUCCUCUGCCUGGCGAAGGCGCUGGUCCUGGGCUUCAACAGCAAAGAGGCCCUGCUGGCCUGGGACGCCCAUGUCCGCUACAGCCUGGGAGAAGUCCACAGAUUCAGUGUCAACGUCGAACCGGGUACCAAACUGGAAAGUGGCCCCGCCGCCCUUCACCUGUGCAACAACCUAUUGGUCCUCACUAGGGGUCUCCCUCCUGCCGUCAUUGGCCACUGGAAGUUGUCGGCGUUGCGUCGCUAUGGUGCUGUGUCUAAUGGCUUCGUGUUUGAGGGGGGGACUCGCUGUGGAUACUGGGCGGGGGUUUUCUUCUUGUCCUGUUCAGAAGGAGAGCAGAUCAGUUUCCUGUUUGACUGCAUCGUCAGGGGUGUCACCCCCAGCAGGGCCCCGCACGGCCUCCGACCUUCUCUGCCAGAUCUGAGUGCAGAUCCAGGUUCAGCAGAGGAACGUAUCAGCCAGCAGACGUCAGACCUGGAGAAAAGACUCAGCAUGUUGUCUCAGUGCAGCCUGGCCAGCAGCACCUCAACAUACAGCUGCAGCACAUCUGUUGCCGGGGACGACCACAGCAGCAUCUCCAGCUCCUCCUCCAGCCAAUCAGACACCAGCUACGGGAGCAGACUUUCAUUCUGGGUGGAGCCGUUAGCGAGACUGCACCUGUCCACCGAGACCGUGUCAAGCUCCUCCACCGUGAAAGCGCUGGCCAGUGCAGAUGAUCGGCUUUACGCUGCUGUGAUGGGAGGCACUGGGACUCGCCCCUCCUCCGCCCAGCUCCAUCCUCGUGGUCUCCAUGACAGCGGGCGGCAGAGCUCAUUGGACAGUGGCAUUGGGACAGGGACGGGCAGUCAGUCGUCUUACUCAGGGAGCUGCUCCUCGUGCACGGGGAGUCUGGACGCGGCCAGUCAAGGAGGAGGGGAGGAGAUUGACUCUGUGGCUAGCCAACCUGCUACAUCUUCACCUCCUUCUGCUCCUCCCCCCUCUCCUCAACCUCCUUCUUCACCUUUUCAGUCCACACUCAUCCCCGACCACAGUGCUGCUAACUGCCCCUGCUCCUCCUGCUCUUUCCCCUCCAGGUCUAGCUCACGUGCAUCUAGUAGGCACAGUGAGGACUACCAGAUCCCCGGCCUGCUCCGACAGCGGUACGACACCCCCAGGAGUCUCCUCCACAACCUGCACCUGAGGGAAACCCCAGCCCAGGGAGCCCCACCUGAGCUGGGCAGGGACAGCAGGAGCGGUGGAGAUAGAGGGGGAAGUCAGGGGAUGAGUGGCAACAACAUCUCAGGACCGAGCUCAAGGCCUCAGAGUCAGGCCGCGCUGCAGCACCCACACUCCUGGGGCAGUGAGAGGGCGCCCUCUGUGGACAGUGCGGGCAGGUCCACACACAGACCCCUGUUCACAGUCGGAGGCCUGCUUUGUGAGGAAACACAGUGCAGUGCAGACAACUACAUUACACCGGAGCAGUGGCGCUCAGCGAGGAAUAGAUGCUUGACCCAGGCUGCCAACCCAGCACCAUCAGUCGUCUCACCUGCAGAUGCUCAUCUCUACGUGAGAGAGGAACGUGACGACAGGGCGGACCUGGCUCUGAAGAACCCCUCUGCCCCCCCACCUCUAGCCUCAGCCUGUGGUAUGUUCCGGUCUCCCUGUGGAGCUUCUCCGUCUGGGACCCUGGAUGCUGGGCUCAACAUUGACAGGACGAUUAACUAUGUCAACAUCCCCAUUAGUCUCCUGCUGGCUAAAACCACCAGAGAGCUGCUGCACAGUGAGCUGGACUUGCAGGAGUCCAGCUCAGCUCCGGUCUCCAGUCUGCACCGUGGUGUCAAAGAAGAGGGCUCCCUCAGGUACGCCCACCUCGACAUCGCUGCCAUGGGAACGGCUCAGCGAGUGGGGGCGGAGCCCGACCAGGACAACAAGGACACACUGACUCAGCAGGAGAACCGGCGGCGAGGCCACCGCGCUGAGUGCAAUGACUGAGUUGAUGACACUUUAAAAAAAACUUUUCAUUACUGACUCUCUCUAUCUCUCUGAAUAAGCUUCAUGCUCAAAUGCAGCUGAUCAUCACACUUAAAAACACACACACACACACACACACACACACACACACACACACACACACACACACACACACACACACACACACACACACACACACACACACACACACACACACACACACACACACACACACACACACACACACACACACACACACACACACAGAGUUGUACCAGUGUACAGUUAUAUUCCCGCAAACAAUCCAUUCCAGUAUAAAGAAAAAAGAGGACAUGUCUGGAUAGUUUUGUAUGCAGUUGCCACAUGGAUGUGUUUUGUUUAUAUUCUGUAAUUUCUCCUCACUUAUAGAUUUGAAUUUGUUUCCUUUUUAACCUAGAACUUUUUCGUUGGCUGCAUGGCACUUAAGCACACUGUGGCAACUGUUGAGGAACUUUUUUGCACCUCUUUUAAGAUUCUCUCAGGAUGACUGCCGAUCAAUAUACAAUGAACAUGACACCGCAAAUGACUGUUUACGACCGAUAUUACAGAAGUGAGACGCUGGUGACAUCUGUUGGAAAUUCUUAUUCUGGAUAGUUCUCGUUGAUUGGGGGCUGGCUGUAUUUGUUGUGUCCUCUCUCAUGGAGGGUUAGCUACUGCCAUUGCUUGAUUUCAUACUAUUUAUCACCGGUUUAGAUCCCGCAAUGAGAUCAAGCCCUUCUUCCCAUCACACUGACACCUGCAAAUCAGCUGCUCAGAGUCCCAGCAAGCUCGGCAAUCAUUCAUCAUAAAAGCUUAGAAGCAUUCGAUUGAAAUAAGCAGCUUUGAGUUAUAUCUCGGGUGCAAAUUGCAUUAAUCCAGGCCCAUGUGGCCCAAGCAGGACAUGACUGAGUAAUCAGCCAGCAAGUAACAUUAUUCAUCCCUGUAAUCAAUGUAACUGCUUCUGGUCCAUAAGAGGGCAAGAAUUGAUGAAUGGAAAAACGCAGUGUGUGUGCUCCAAUUUCUCACCUCCCUCUUGAUAUCAUCAGGACAGAUAGUCCAAUAUUUGAGGGUAAUUCAUAUUUAUGGUGGCAGUUCCUCACCAGCGUCUCUGAGGAGGAGGUGAGGAGAAAGAACACGUGGGAAGAGGCAUUUUUUGUUUUAUUUCAAACCACAGUCUGUCAAUGUCAUUACAAGAAGAACUUUUGUAAAUAGUAGCUGCUUUUAUUUAGUCAAAGACUAUAUGAAUGAUACUGAACUAUAUUUUGUAAUUAUUAUUAUUUGUAUGUUGUUGGCACAUGUAUCUUACUGAACAUUAAAGAUUGCUGUUACAUUUUCAGGUUUCAGUGUUUCUUACCCGAAUUCGCAAAGCAUCCUCCAUUUGAUAUCGAUCGGACAAUAACAGCAUUGUCACAGUAUUUCAGCAGAAUGAAGCACGAGUCACUACAGUAGGAACAGCUUAUGUGAUGGAGCAGUUAUUACUUGCAGAGCUGAGGACAGGGGGGUGUAAAUAAAUUGUCUGGGCAUCGAUGUGCCAAUAUGUCUUCUGAUGCAGGUGGAUGGCCGCCCCCCAAGACCUGAACCAUCUUCGAUACAUCAUCUGGAUAAGUCUGAUCAACCGCUGCUGUCUGGCCCUUAACAACAACCACCCACACUACAUUUGGUUCUGUUGGAGUGAAGCUAAAUCUUCAGUUUUUGUACUACAAGCUCACAUUUCUUCCAAACCAUCCUGUCAUUCGCUGCAGAGUAAUUUUUAAUUCAUGUAGACCCCGUCUGAAAACCUGACCUGGUAGUUCUCACAAUAAGUCCAGCUGAUUAACAAGAAAUCUCCCAUAAGCACAGUAUGUACAAACAAAUUCAUUAAUGCAGACAUUUGUGAAAUCAACACCUAAGAACACUAGAAAAGUAGAAAACCUUCAAUGUUAAAACAGAUUCUUUGUACAGUGGAUGAAAGGGAAUGUGGGGAAUGUGGCAUACGUUGUGUGUGUGGUUACAGAGGAGAUUAUUUCAGUUCAGUCGACCUUCACCGACAUAAUGACCUUGAUCUGAGCCGCUCAGAGCUCAUUGUGCUCGAGUCCCUGACGAGAGAUCUUGUUGGACA